GGAGUGGAAAAAAAUGUAUUAUGGCACGAAAUAUCAACGUGGAAAAUCUUUGAUGCAUAUGAAUACAAUUUGUGAAUCACUGGAGAUUUCUGCUGCAAAUGAUUGCUUUAAGGCAUUAAUAAGGUAUAUGGGAGAAAAAUUUUGCAGAAAACCAUCAUCAAAUAUGUGUGAUCUAUUGUCUUCAAAUGUAAAAGCUGUUGAUGCUAAGGCAGUAAUAGUGGAACGAUUUCCAGAAUUUCUUUCCAAGGAUUCUCUACCUUGGUGCAUUUUUACUGUAGCUAUUCUGCUGUCUGAAACUGUCUGGGAUGUGUUUCAUUUGUAUAAAUGCCUUUUCCAUUCAAAGUCAGAUUGUUCUCUGCCUGAUGUUACUGAUGCCAUGUACUGUAUUGCAACAUUUCUCUUAUAUUUCAGGGAUACAUAUCGCAUAAAUCCUGGCCUCCAUUAUAGAGUCUAUUACAGUCUUUAUUUGAUUGAAAAUAGUUCUCCAGACAAACCUAUUGAGGGUUCUCAGACUUUAAAAGUUGUAUCAGGGUUGCCAGGACAACAAAGUAUACAUAGUUACAGUGAAUCUUCAAGUUCAAAGCUAACAUAUGAGCAAAUGAAAAUCCUAAAUCAUCGUUUACAGCCAAGACAGAUAAUUAAAAUUAUUGCUCUAGCUGGUAAGUACUGA